AAAAAAAAGUUUUAUGACAGAAGUUGUGGAUUGUGUUUAGAAGAUAAUAUUAUUUUGUGAUUAAUUUUGCAGUCGUGGCCAAAAUAAUGAAGUAAUUGUGAUUUUAAAUAGUUUUCCUGCUUUAUUAAUCUAAAAACAGUGUAACAGCAAAUGCGUGAUGUAAUAUUUUUUUUGCGCUCGUAGCGACUGAUGUGGCCCAAUAGAACCCCAGCGAAGUGUCAAACUUAAAAAUGUUUAUCAGUUGAUUUUAGUAAAUUUUAUUUAUUAUUUUAAUUAAAAAUGGCAUAUCAAACAUUUUUGCAAGAGUAUAUGCUUAUACCACCAGUGACGAGGGUUUAUACCACUGCGUGCGUCAUUACUACUCUGGCGGUGCAACUGGAUCUAGUGUCACCGUUCACACUAUAUUUCAAUCCAAUAUUAAUAUUGAGCAGGUUUCAAAUAUGGAGAGCUAUUACUACAUUCCUCUUCUUUGGAAACCUAGGGUUUAAUUUCUUCUUCAACAUUAUAUUUACAUAUAGAUACUGUCGAAUGUUGGAGGAGGGCUCAUUUAGGGGAAGAACUGCUGACUUUGUGGUUAUGUUUGUUUUUGGUGGAGUGUUAAUGAUAUUAUGUGCUUUCUUUGUUAACUUAUUAUUUUUAGGUCAAGCAUUUACUGUAAUGAUUGUAUAUAUUUGGUCGAGGCGUAAUGUUUUUGUUCGGAUGAACUUCUUUGGAUUGAUGAAUUUCCAGGCACCCUACCUGCCUUGGGUUUUACUAGGUUUCUCAGUCCUUCUUGGUAAUUCAAUCUCUGUAGACUUGGUUGGAAUGGCUAUCGGUCACAUAUAUUUCUUCCUUGAGGAUGUUCUACCGAGGCAGAGAGGCGGCCAAAAAAUUUUAAAGACACCAAAGUUUUUAAAAAGGAUUUUUGAUCCAGUGCCAGAUGAGCCAGAAUAUGAACCCAUGCCAGAGCUUGCCAAUGUCAGACCAGGAGGCUUCGACUGGCGCCGUCGGAACGUAUUUAAUGAAGAUGAGGACAAUAGAUAAGGUGUAUUUUAAAACUCAGUGUGAUCCACAAAACCAAAAUGUUUUAAUUUAAAUGUACUAUAUUAUUGUAAAGGAAAAAUUAUUGAUGGUAUUUUUUAAAUGGAAUAAACAGUAAGCAUUUGAAUGUC